GCUGCAGACUUCUUCCCGGUCCACAGUCCACAUUCCUGCAGGAGGCAGUGAGAGUUUUUCUGCCCCUUUAAGGGGCCUCAGGUGACGCCGCCUUCAGCCGCGCGGGGAAACUUCUGUCUUUGCAGAAGGAAGUUACUUUUCCCGGAUAAACACAGCCGCGAUGCAGCUCCGAAUAAAGCAGCUGGUGCGCCUGCAGAGGGUCCUCGGGAGGUGGUCCCGCUGCGGAACUGCAACAGCGAGCGCGCACGAGCGCGCGGCAGCGCAGAGCUGCAGGUUUUACGCGUCCGACUGCGCAUACAGCCGAGCGUUCGCAGCAGCCAGAGACCAGCCCGAAGUGUUCUGGGGGGAGAGGGGGCUGGAGAUAGACUGGUUCCAACCGUGGACUAAAACGUUGCACGUUGAGGACCCGGUGUUCCCAAACUGGUUUGUGGGAGGAAAGCUGAACAUGUGCUACAAUGCUGUGGAUCGGCAUGUAGAAAGCGGCCGUGGAGAACAGCCCGCCAUCAUCCACGACAGCCCGGUGACUGGAACUAAAAAGAUCAUCACUUUUAGGGAACUCCAAGCCGAGGUCUCCAAGCUAGCUGGAGUCCUCGUCAGGAAUGGGGUCCGCCAAGGAGACCUGGUUGUCAUCUACAUGCCCAUGGUACCAGAAGCCAUGAUCACCAUGUUGGCCUGUGCUCGGAUCGGUGCCCCGCACAGCCUCAUCUUCGGCGGCUUCGCUUCCAAAGAGCUUUCUGUCCGUAUCGAUCACGCCAAACCUAAGCUGAUGGUUACAGCUUCGUUUGGCAUCGAGCCUGGCAGGAGAGUGGAGUACACCCCUCUGGUGAAGAAGGCCCUGGAGAUGAGCAGUCACAAGCCCUCCAAAGUCCUCAUCUACAACCGGCCUAACAUGGAGAAAGUGUUCCUGAGUCCAGAACUGAGCUUAGACUGGGAUGAAGAGAUGGCGUCAGCUCGGCCACAUGACUGCGUGUCUCUGCCCUCUAAUCAUCCUCUGUACGUUCUCUACACAUCUGGCACCACUGGAACUCCAAAGGGUCUUGUGCGAGAUACCGCGGGCUACGCUGUAAUGCUGAAAUGGACCAUGUCAAAUAUUUAUGGACUCAAACCUGGAGAUACUUGGUGGGCAGCUUCAGAUCUGGGCUGGGUGGUCGGCCACUCGUAUAUCUGCUAUGCUCCUUUGCUCCACGGCAACAGCACCAUCCUGUAUGAGGGAAAGCCCGUGGGGACUCCAGACCCCGGAGCAUUCUUCCGUGUCCUGUCGGAACACGGGGCCUCCUCCAUGUUCACAGCCCCCACCGCCAUCCGGGCCAUCCGCCAGCAAGACCCCCACGCCGCGUAUGGGAAAAAAUAUGCCCUGGACAGGCUGCAGUCGUUGUUUCUAGCAGGAGAGCGGUGCGACGUGGAGACUCUGGAGUGGGCAAAGAAGAGCUUUGGGGUUCCUGUCCUGGAUCACUGGUGGCAGACUGAAACCGGCUCUGCCAUCACAUCCUCCUUCAUGGGUCUGGGAAGCUCGCUCACGCCCCCUGCAGGCCAGGCUGGGAAACCCGUUCCAGGCUACAACGUGACAGUCAUUGAUGACCAAAUGCAGGAGGUGAAGCCGAGAACUCUGGGAAAUAUUGUUGUGAGGCUGCCUUUACCUCCUGGAGCAGCGCUGUCGUUGUGGGAGAACAAGAGUCUGUUUAAGACACUCUACUUCUCCAAGUUCCCUGGAUACUACGACACCAUGGACGCAGGUUUCCUGGACGAAGACGGCUUCCUUUACAUCAUGUCCCGCUCUGAUGAUGUCAUCAACGUGGCAGGUCACAGGUUAUCGGCAGGAGCUCUGGAGGAGUCGGUGCUGCUCCAUUCUGCAGUGGGAGACUGUGCCGUGGUGGGUCUGGAGGACCCUCUGAAGGGUCACGUUCCUUUGGCGCUGUGUGUGCUUAAGAAUGGCGUGCGGGACACUGAGGAGAAAGUGAAGACGGAGAUCGUCAAGCUGGUGAGGGACACCGUGGGGCCGGUGGCGGCCUUUAAGAACGUUCUUUUUGUUCGAGGACUUCCGAAGACUCGCUCCGGGAAAAUUCCCCGCUCCUCCUUAUCCAAUCUGGUCAACGGCAAACCGUACAAGGUCACUCCAACCAUUGAGGAUCCAGACGUGUUCAAAGACAUCGAGAGGCAAGUAGGUGAAUUUCAGAGACGUUAGCCUGAAAGAGUUCAGGACUCCUUCACAAACGACAAAUCGCUAAAAGUUUUUCCGUUUUUUAUUGACAAUGAAAAGUCGUUUGCUCACCACAUAUUUCUGACCAAAGUACAAGAAGAAGUAAUAAAUUAAAAAAAAACAAAAAAAAUGAUUUCUUGUUCGUGCAAAGUGAGGAUGUAAAAACAAACGAAAGAGUUUUCCAGAGGAAAUAACUGACAGACAGACGGCAGGACUGGAAAAAAUGGAAGUCACCUCACUUCACCAUGAUCACACGUCACUAUGAGCUACAGCCGUCCGCCGCUCAGUUACUUCCUGUUGGGGGUGGAGAAGGCCAGCGCGGCUGUAAGUGUACUUUGUGUCUCCCGACAGCUCCACAAACGACGACUUUAGUUUGUUCUCUGAGAGGACGUUUGUGCAACAGCGUUGUCCUUGGCUGCGUCGACUCCUCCUCUUUUUUUGUUUUUCUGUUUGAUGAAAAUGAAGUUUGAUGUGCUUCGACGAGGCACCACUAGAGGGCACACCACACUAACCCAAAUCAUAAAAAAAAUAUCUGCAGGGAGGGGAUAUAGUUUAAAGAGCAGCAUAUAUUCAUCUAUGGUCCACUAAUGGGGCGUCGGGACUAUUUUUGUUUUUUUUUUUGCACAAACUCUCUUUUUUUAUACAUUUAUGUGUGUAUAUAUUAAAAAUGGCAUAUUUAUAUUAAUUUACAGAUAACCUACACACCUCCUGUAGAAGAAAUACACAGUACAUUAUGCUUUGACAAGUUACUGUACAUGUAAAAGGUAGAAAUGGUGACGGGGGGGGGCAGCCUGCAGGACUGUUUAGCACCGGCGCCUGGUGCAGGGCGAGAGGGCGGGGCUUCUUGGCAGUGCAUGUCAUCAGAUUGUUGUGAUCCUCGGCGGGUCCGGCUCCCUCAGAACUGUAACUACACAGCAGAAUACACAGAGUGUGAGUAGAGAGAUUCUCUGUGGGGUGAGGGAGGUCCAUUUGAAUAGAAUUCUGGUUCGGCCGUUUAUAGGUGAAAUCAAACAAGCCGUCGUUUCAUAGGACAUAGUUUCUGCAGGGCGGCGUUCACUACGAAAUAAAAAAAUUAAGGUGAAAACUCCCAUUGAAGUCUAUAUAACAGGGCCCGGUCUGGUACUGGUUCGGUCAGCUAUCGCGUUAUCUUAGGUUACCAGGUUUGGGUACCAGUAACGGAACCCAAACUGGUUCCGGGUUAGGGUACUGAGUAAUGGUACCAGACAUGAUACCUGACCAGACAAAGACACAGUCCGGGACCAAAACCAGUACCAGACGUGGUCUAGUACCAGGUUAGGGUACCCUGGUUUGGGUCCUGUACUGUGUCUGGUACUGGUUCGGGUCAGCCAUCAUCUUUUGUUAGGUUACCAGGUUAGGGUAUCGGUAACGGAACCCAAACUCUAACCCUAACAGACACAAUACCAGACGGGAAACCUGACCAGACAAAGACACAGUCCGGGACCAAAACCAGUACCAGACGUGGUCCAGUGGCAGGAGGUUCAGUAAUAGAACCCCUGAUACUGGCAUGACGUCUGGUACUGGUUUGGGUCCUGUACUGUGUCUGGUACCGGUUUGGGUCAGCUAUCGCAUUCCUAUGUUAGAUUAUCAGGUUUAGGUACUGGUAACGGAACCCAAACUCUAACCCUGCAACAGACAAGAUACCAGAUGCAGUACCGCACCCAACCUGGUACCAGAAGCAGUAGCCGACGUGUACUGGGCUUGGGUACCAGUACCAGAUGUGGUAUCAGUUCGAAUCCAGGCCCAGUACACGUCUGGGCUACUGCUUCUGGUACCGGGUUAUAGUACUGGUACUGGCUUAGGGUACCGGUACCACGUGUUUUGGUACCCUAACCCGGUACUGGACCACGUUUGGUAUUGGUUUGGGUCCUGGACUGUCUCUUUGUCUGGUCAGGUAUCACGUCUGGUACCAUAACCCAGCACUAGUUUGGGUUCUGUUACCGGUACCUAAACCUGGUAACCUAACAUGGUACCGAACUUAAUAGCUGACCUGAACCGGUACCAGACCUGUUACUGGUUCGCAUGCGGGCUUGGUUUGCGUUGGGUACUGAGUCUGGUUCCGGGUCGAGGCCAAUACCGCAUCUGGUAUCACUUCCAUUGCGGGUUUAAAGUACUGGUACUGGGCUUGGAUUCAAACUAGUACCACAUCUGGUACCAGUACCCAAGACCAGUACCAGUUAUCUAACCCUGCAACGGACACAAUACCAGAUGCCGUACCCGGCCUGGAUGCGAACUGCUACCGGUAUCAGUGCUUUAAACCCGCACCGGAAGCGAUACCAGAUGCGGUAUUGGACUCGGCCUGGUACCAGACGCAGUACCCGACGCAAACGGGGCCCGUAUGUGAACCGGUAGCAGGUCUGGUACUGGUUUGGGUCCUGUACUGCUUACUGGUUCAGGUCAACUUAUCGCGUUCAGUACCAUGUUAGGUUACCAGGUUUGGGUAGCGGUAACAGAACCCAAACUGGUUCCGGGUUAGGGUACUGGGUUAUGGAACCGGACAUGAUACCUGAUCGGACAAAGACACAGUCCAGGACCCAAACCAGUACCAGACGUGGUCUAGUACCAGGUUAGGGUACUGGAACCGGUGGAACUGGUACCACGUCUGGUAUUGGUUUGGGUCAGAUUCCACGCCUGGUACCGAUAACCAAAGCUAGUACCAGUACUCUAACCCCACAAUGGACACGAUACCAGAUCCGGUACCCAAAACCCGGUACAAGGUCUGUUACCAGGUCCAGGUUAGGGUACCACGUCUGGUACCUGACCCGAACCCGGUGCCAGGUAAGAGUACUAAUACUGGGUUAGAGAACAUCAAGUACCAAUAUCACGGCUGGUACCGGUUCCGUAUGAUAUAUUUAUACACUAAACUAUUCCAAUAAAGUGUUUAAAGACGAGUUUUAAGACCUAAAGAAAGUUUUGUCUGAAAAUCAGUCACAAAUAUUCAGAAUAAAUCAACUUUUUCUGAAAAAACUCAACGGUUGGGUUUCUUUAAGGUUCAUCUCUACAAACUCCACAAUAACAAUCCUAGAAAUCUCUCACCGUCUCGCGAUUUGAGCAAAAUAAAUCUCAAAACGUCACUUUCAGCCGCUGCCUACUUGGAAUUCUGACUAAAACUGUCACAAAACUCUGUUUACAAAUGAGACAUCCUUGUAUAAAGCUGCUUUUUUUCCUCCACAUUUAGACUUCAAUUGUUUUCUUUUUGUUUUUUUUGUACAUGCUGAAUGAAUAAGACACUUUCUGGUCUAGUUUUACUGUGAAAAACCCUGAAGAAACGUUUAAAAAAAACAUCCUAUUUUAGGUUUUUGUCAUUAAAGUUCAUUAAAAUAAAAUACAAAAAUAAAGAUUGUGGUAAAGUUUCUCAGAUUAAUAAAACUGCAUCAUGACGCAGCUCCAUCUUUGUGCUGAUGGGUUGCUAGGCAACAGGCUCUUCACUGUAAGCUGCAGUUCUCAUUGUGACCACCAGAUGUCAGUGUUGUAUUUUUCUAAUAGCUGAACUGUAAAUUUGUACACAUUUGAUCUUUUCUGUGAUUAUUUCCUGUUUCUACUUGUAUUUUUAGUUUGUUAGUUAAUUAAAAAUAAAUCUAAACUAUGAACAUAA